UUCCAUUAUAAGAGAGAUUAGAUUUUUCUACAGAAAAUUUUUGCACAAUGAUUCUAAGUAGGGUAAGUACCUAUGCGCUGGUUUAAUAAUCAACAGCACACCUUUGGACUUGGUGAUUUCAUCGUAGUAAUUUGCCAACAAAGAGAAUUCUCUAUGUAGGACGCGUGCCAAGAUAACACCAUAAGUAAUUGAAAGCAAACAUUUGGUCACCGAUUGAGGUAUAAGUACAGAGGUAGUAAAUCGCAAACUGAACAGUGUAUUCAAAUUUCUCAUCAGACAUGGAAAGGCGUAAAGAUACUACAAAUUUGCUGAAGCAGUUGCGCUCUGUUAUGAAAGAGAAGAAAUAUUUUACGGAGGUGUUACACGCAUACCUCAUACCCUCGGGCGAUACGCAACGAAGGGCUUACGUUAGCGGUUUCACUGGAAGUGCAGGAAGUGCAGUUAUCACGCUUGAAAAUGCCUGCGUGUGGACCGACGGACGCUACUUUCUACAAGCAACGCAGGAAAUGGAUUCAAACUGGACACUAAUGAAGGAAGGUUUAGCAUCGACUCCUACUCAGGGCGAAUGGCUGAUUAGCACCCUCCCUUCACGUUCCUACAUCGGUGUUGACCCAGAGGUGAUCGGUCAAAGUGAAUGGACAAGGUUGAAGAAUCAGCUCGAUAUUUACGACCACCGAUUGGUUGCCGUCGAGACGAACCUAGUCGAUUUGAUAUGGACCGAUCGGCCACCGAUUGUACGAAAUCCAAUCGUUCCUCUCGAACUCGAGUAUACCGGCAGUACUAUCGCCAACAAACUAAACGAGGUCUACGCCCGAAUGGGGAGGACUAACGUGAAGAUACUAAUGCUAACUGCACUAGAUGAGAUCGCCUGGCUGUUGAAUUUGAGAGGAAGCGAUUUGGGGUACACGCCCGUUUUUCGUUCAUUCGUAAUGAUUGUGGAGAAUUCGGUAACUUUAUUUAUCCAUCCCCAGCAAACAACCCCCGAUCUUAUGGCACAUUUCAAAGUGGAAGCACCUGGAGCUGUGUUCGACAUUCGCCCAUACAGCGCAAUUGCGUGCAGUGUGCGUCAGGCGAUUGAUGCCAUACAGGGUGGUUUGGUUUGGUUCUCUAACGACGCCAAGUACUUUAUAACCAGUCUCGUUCCGCCCAAAAGACUGAAGAUGGGGGCCACGCCGUGCGCAUUGUUAAAAACCGUGAAAAAUAGCGUUGAGAUCCACGGUAUGCGAAAUGCCCACAUUAAAGAUGCGGUAGCAGUCUGCAAUUACUUCGCGUGGCUAGAGGAAGCCGUUCAAGAGCAAGUUGUAACGGAAAUAUCCGGUGCACACAAACUAACGCAGCUAAGGUCGGAACAAAGAGACUUCGUGUCGCUCAGCUUUAACACAAUCAGCGCCGUGGGUGACCACGCCGCGAUCAUUCACUACGCCCCCAAGCCCGAAACCGACAUCCCGAUUACAAUGGACGCGUUAUACUUGUGCGAUUCCGGCGCCCAGUUCAAAGAUGGCACGACCGACAUCACGCGUACCAUUCAUUUAGGCGCACCCACUGAGUUUGAGCGGGAAUGCUUUACAAGGGUGUUAAAGGGCCAACUGAAACUUGCAAGGGCUGUGUUUCCGAAGAGCCUCAAGGGUGACCACUUGGAUUCUUUUGCACGCGAGUUUUUAUGGGAGCGCGGUUUGGACUACGCGCACGGUACCGGACACGGUGUUGGGUCCUAUCUGAACGUGCACGAGGGUCCUAUAGGAAUAACCUCCAAACCAAUGCCUGACGAUCCCGGUUUGGUCGAAGGGAUGAUAUUGUCAAACGAACCCGGAUACUAUCAAGAUGGCAAGUUUGGCGUACGCAUUGAAGAUUUGGUAUUGGUCGUCUCGAUUCCGACACCGCAUGCCAACGGGGAGUAUCUGACAUUUGAGACGCUAACGUUGGUGCCGAAGCAAACGAAGUUGAUUAACGUUGAUCUAUUGACCGACCAAGAAAUUCGACAGAUAAACGACUUUCAUAAAAAAUGCCGGGAUGUGAUUGGCCCGCUUUUAGGUCCGCACGCUAAAAGUUGGCUUUGGAAGGAAACGCAGCCUCUGAACCCCAAAUUAUUUUAAAUUUUAAAUGCGUAUCAAUUUCAUUUAUGACAUAUCCUUGAAAGGAAAUUAUUGAGCAAACUAAUCCCAUUAUUUAUCGUUAGGUUAAUUAGUCGUUAGCAACUUGGCAAUAGAUGUGUUAACCUUUGAUCAUGAAAAAAUUGGAGUUCACAUUCCAAACCACCUGAAAAUCAAUCUGCAACC